AUGAUUAAGAGCUGCACAUAUUUACAUACUUUCUUAGAGCUUGAAUCGUCGAAUAUGAUUUGAGUGCCUUUCAAUUCCUUCCACCAACAAACUACUUUCCUCACAAGUUCCUCGAAAAGAACGCGCAACCUCCGUUGGCAAUGGCACCCGUUCUCCCUUACCGUGACAUUAAUCUGCUGGUCUCUCCUCUACAUUAUGCGUUCAGAUCGGCAUCAUCGACGUCGGCACCCACUCUUGUCGUUGAGAGACCGUCAGGCGAGCUGCGACUGGACAAUGUGUCGGUGCAAGGAGCCAAGCGGGUGUCAAGCAUAGCCGGCAUUUUGGGAAUUAUCAAAUUGAAACUAGAUAAGUAUAUCAUCAUCAUAACCAAGGCCCGUCCGAUGGGAAGAUUGAGAGGCCACAUGGUGUACAAUGUUGUCUCUACCGAAUUCCUCCCACUUCGCGAACGACCGCUCCACGACCCUGACGAAGAUACAUACCUGUCCUUGCUCAAGCAAUUUUUGCAAAACAGCCCCAUACACUUCUCCUACUCGUUGGAUAUCACCAAUAGUUUCCAGCGCCAGUCCAACAGCGAUCCAUCGGCCCCAUUAUGGAAGCGAGCCGACGACCGCUUUUUCUGGAAUCGUUUCAUCCAGACAGACUUGAUAGAUUUCAGGUCGGGUCUAUCUGAUGGGACCGGCAUCCGAUACGGCCAGCUGUCAGAUGUGGAUCCGUAUAUAUUGCCUGUUAUGUAUGGAAUGUUGCGCAUAACACCCACAAAAGUCAAGUCAACGCCCUUCACUUUCGCCUUGAUCACCAGACGCUCCAGGCAUCGCGGUGGCACCAGAUACUUCUCCCGUGGAAUAGAUGAACAUGGCAAUGUCUCGAAUUACAAUGAAACAGAACAGAUUAUAAUUCUCAACGACUCAGCUGGAGGACUCCCUGGUUUUGCUGGCGGAUCUGGCAUGCAAAAUGGCCAGCUUAGGAGUGCUGUCGGUAAAGAUUUGCAUGUCUUGUCAUUUGUGCAAACAAGAGGUAGCGUCCCGGUCUACUGGUCUGAAAUUAACAACCUUUUUUACAUUCCACGGCUCCUGAUCCGCAGUGUUGAUACUGCCAUCUCUGCUGCACGCCAGCAUUUCUCGGAGCAAAUUAGAAUUUACGGAGAAAACUAUCUUGUGAACCUGGUUAAUCACAAAGGAAGAGAGGAGAAGGUCAAAAAGGCGUACGAGCAACUAGUUCGCACCCUGAUAACCGCAUCCUCCGAGUCUACUGAGUCAGAUCCGUUGUCAUCAGAAAAGUUGCACACGGUUGAUUCAUCAAUCAGAAAACAAGAGAUGGACAGGCUCCAUUAUGUUUAUUUCGACUUUCACAAUGAAACAAAGGGCUUAAAGUGGCAUCGAGCGGAGCUUUUGUUGAACCGUCUUACAGACGGAUUAAUGCGAGGCCAAUAUUUUAGCGGUGUCGAGUCGUUGGGUGAUCCAUCCGGCCCGCUUGAUAUUCGACUCCUGCAGUCUAGUGUGGUCCGAACGAACUGUAUGGAUUGCUUGGAUCGCACCAACGUUGUGCAGAGCAUGCUGGGUCGCUGGACUGCGACCCGUCAAUUGAUUGAUGCUGGUGUUCUGCAACCGGGAGAAUCUGCCAGUGAUGAUCCGGAGUUUGAGUUCAUGUUCCGAAACAUGUGGGCGGACAACGCAGAUGUUGUCUCGAAAUCGUAUUCUGGAACAGGAGCCCUGAAAACUGAUUUUACUCGCACCGGCGAGAGAACAAAGGCUGGCAUCCUUCUCGAUGGGAACAAUUCCUUGACGAGGUACAUCCGUAACAAUUUCCGCGAUGGCCCCCGCCAAGAUGCCUUUGAUAUCUUUCUUGGCACCUAUCUGCCUUCGUCGUCCUCAAGCAACAGACUUGUGUUCGUGGAUCGAAGGCCGAUUAUCAUCCAAGCAAUUCCAUAUAUUCUUGCGGCAAGUGUUUUCAUGGUUCUUGUUGCAAUCUUUAGUCGCAGGCUCCCUGAUUCUGCCGCUUGGCCAAUAAGGCUAUUCCUCAUUUUCUGGAUGGCUGUGGCUGCUUGGUGUCUAAGGUUUAUCUAUUCCCACGGCAUGCUUUAUGUUAACUGGCCAAAGCUCAACACUCCCACGGCAGCAGUUGAUGGUUAUCAAGAUGCAUUACACAGAGCACAUUCAGACAGAGUGAUUGGACGAUUCAUACCCGCCGCUCGCCAUCAGCGUGGGUUCAGCAAUGUCCGCCUUGGCUAUAUGGAGGAAGGGAAAAAGAGAAUUGAAUAGCAUCUGACUCGUUGUUCACGGGUAUUUUCUGAGCUUCUUCAAGGGCAUAUUUUUCACUGUACCCUUUCGUGUUCUUUGGUCAUGAUAAUAUAUUAUGUGGCAACCACUUCUUUUGGGUCUUUAAUCCUAUCUUCCUCUUUUCCAAGGAGUGCACUGUCACAAUUCACAAGAGUACAUACCUAUUUUAACUAGCGUACACCCUUUUUCCAGGAACUAAUCAUAAUAGUAUUAAC